CCCUUGUGCUGCCCGAAACACCGUGAGGCCCUUCUGGUGUCGGGCCCGGCUCAAGUGCUCCAGAACAACUUAAAAAUAAUCUGAAGGGAGUACUCGACUUGGUAAAUCACUCUAGUAUUAUGGGAAUCGGGGUAAAGGGCAGUCUUUUAGCAUUGGCGUCACAGGGAAAGCAUUCUUACCCAGUUAUAAUAGAACUCAGCACACCCAGUUGAUCAGGUGUGUUGUAUACUUGAUUUUCAUGUGCGCUGCCCAUUCUGCAAUAGAAGUUUUUCUCCAGGGAAAGAGAUAAUCCUAUUGAAACCAGAGCUGUGCAACUGAGUGUCCUGGUUGUGUUUGGACAGUCACCCCUGGGAAACUGUGAUGACAGCUGCCAUGAGGAAGUACCCCAACCCCAUGAACCCCAGCGUGGUGGGAGUCGAUGUCCUGGACAGACACGUGGAUCCCAGCGGGAAGCUGCACAGCCACAGGCUCCUGAGCACAGAGUGGGGAAUCCCAUCCAUUGUGAAAUCGCUCAUCGGCAACUGCAGGACAAGGACAUAUGUGCAGGAGCACUCUGUUGUUGACCCUGUGAAAAAAACAAUGGAGCUUAAAUCCUGUAAUAUUUCAUUUACAAACCUCGUGUCGGUAGAUGAGAGGCUUGUCUAUAAACCACACCCUCAUGAACCACACAAAACCAUUCUGACACAAGAAGCAAUAAUCUCUGUAAAAGGUGUCAGUCUCAGCAGUUACCUAGAAGGGCUAAUGGCAAACACAAUUUCUUCGAAUGCUAAAAAAGGCCGUGAAGCAUUGGAGUGGGUAAUUAAAAGACUGAAUGCUGAAAUUGAAGAGUUUGCAGCUUCAGCAAGAGGAACCAUGAGGAAUUCGAUGGCAGCAGCGGCGUUUGUAGAGAAAUGAUGAUAGUUCUUAGACCUGCAUCACUAAUGAGGCUUAACAACCUGCAGCUUCUCUCCUGGCCUAAAUACAUCUAUCCUUUGUU